AUGGUGUGGGCCUGGCUAGGGGAAGAGAACGCGCGUCUCCUACUCCUCGCUGGCGUCCUCGUCGCGUACAUGUGUUUUGGGGCCGUGCUCUUCAACUUCGUCGAGGAUCAGCCAGGAGUCGAAGGAGAGACCGUACUGUGCUAUUGUAACGGUCCUGAAAUCCUUGGAACCCAUCCAAGACCUGGGUUCUCUUCGUUGUUUGUCCUGUAUCUUCUUAUAUAUUGCGACCUCCGCUAUACCAGGACCAUUAUCAGCCCCUGA